UACUCCACGGCGAUAAAACUUCAGAGCUGCGAAGGUAAAGACUGAUGAGCGAAAUAACAGUCUAAACCGAAUACAUUCAUUGGACACAGUACUGGCUGAGACCAUGUGGAUUGCACGCCCCCUGCUGGUCACAUUGAUGCACCUACUCCUCGAGAGUUUUGCUCAACGAUUCUCUAAUGGAUACUUUUAUCAAGAUAUAGUCAACGGCAACGGCAACGGAGAGAUAUACUUCAGUGGGGUGCGUCUGCUUGUCGAGUCAACUCAGCACUCGGUAUUUGCGGUCCAGGGAAGCAAUGUGACGUUGCCCUGUCAGUUCCGUUACGAACCCGAGUUGAAUGAACCCCGCAGAACACGGGUCAAAUGGUUCUGGCAGCCAGCCGCCGGGGGCGGCCAGGAGAAGGAUGUAAUAGUGGCCAUGGGAACUCGUCACAGAAGUUAUGGCAGUUUCAAGGGACGCGUGCGCCUCCGCCGUGAAGCACCAGGUGAUGCAUCCCUAGUUAUCAAUCCGCUGGAAGUCGAUGACACCGGUCGCUACCGCUGUGAGAUAAUCGAUGGACUUGAGGACGAAAGCGUUGUCGUCGAUCUCGAGUUUCGAGGUGUGGUGUUCCCUUACUACUCCCCCAGGGGGCGCUAUCGUCUAAACUUCUUGGAGGCUAAGCAGGCAUGUGAGGAACAAGAUGCCACCCUUGCCACCUUUGACCAGCUGUUUACAGCCUGGGAAGAGGGGCUGGAUUGGUGCAAUGCCGGCUGGCUUGCAGACGGCACAGUGCAAUAUCCAGUGUCUGUGCCACGUGAAGCCUGUGGGGGCACUGGGUUUGCCCCUGGAGUACGCAGCUAUGGGCUCCGUCACCACCGCCUUGACCGCUUUGACUCCUUCUGUUUCACCUCUACUGUCAGAGGAGAAGUUUACUUUCUACAGCAUCCUGUCAAACUCAGCUUCACUGAGGCAGUGAGAGUGUGUGCUGAGGACGGAGGGGAGAUUGCUAAAGUUGGCCAGCUGUACCUGGCCUGGCGCUUCAGGGGACUGGACCACUGUGAUGCUGGCUGGCUUGCAGACGGGAGUGUGCGUUACCCAGUCACGAGACCCCGGGCGAACUGUGGCCCAGAUCAUCCAGGAGUGCGUAGCUUUGGCUUUCCUCCGCAGCAUCAUGGAUACGGUGUUUACUGUUACAAAGCCUGACCGUGAAAUGUUCAGUUUAAGAAGUUCACAGCCUACAGUUUCGGACCACCAGUAAUGUCUGAAAUGUUUCCUACAAUAUUUACAGUGUGUUCUGUUUCACUGAACACCAGUAAACAGGUCAGUGCACGCUGGAAACAAAGCAUUUGCCAAAACCGUUUUUUUUUUGUUUAACAUAUUAUCAGUGGCACUGGCAGCUUCUGAAUGCAUUCGUCAGUAAAGAUUUUUUAAUUAAUACUGAUAAAUAAAAUAUGUCACUGCUGUAUUGAUUAGAUAUAUGAUUAGCUGCUGAUUUGAUAGCGACUAUGUGGCCUCCUGUUCUUGCUACUUUUCAAUCCCUGUGUUCAUAUUCACAUUACAAGCUGGAAUUUACAGAAAGUACAUCACAAUAUUACACUCAGGGAACAUUAAACAUGUUAGAGAAGCACUGCAUCACGGUUGUGUCAGAUAUGUAGUGCAUAGUGUAGUACACUAUAGGUCAGACUUGUGUUAAAUGAAAACAUCAUUAGGGUUUGUAUUGUUGCUCUCUUGAGAUAUGUGACAUGUAACAGUGAACAGUGAGAAAUGAUGUGGUAUAAGAGUCAGUUAUAGACAGCCACUGCCCAAUAAUGACAGAUUCUCACAAGGAGUUGUUAUUUCCUUAUUUUAUUCAAUGUCAUUUAGUAUGCAUAGUUUUGUUCAUUUCAAAUUUUAUUUUUGUUCGAAACAACUUCAUUUAGACAUUUUGCUAC